AUGCGAACCUUCAUUCCCCUUCUGGCGCUGCCUGUCACUCUGGCUGCUUCCAUCGUCGGUCGCGCGGCAAUCAGCUAUGAUGCUCAAUCCGGGACCAAGAGCAGCCAGAUCGACGCAGCUCCUGUUGGCAUCAGCUUCGAAUUCUUUGCGUUUCCCGAUUACGUGAACUCGGUCGGUGCCACGAAGACAUGUUUGGCCAAUCUGCAGAGUUAUGCAGGAUCGGCACCUCCAGUUAGGAUCGGAGGUACCACUCAGUAA